AUGUCGUCACCACCCAGCAGCACCGCGUCUACAGCGCCCCCCGGAGCCGGCUCGUCUCGCACGCCCGCUGCCUCGGCAGCUGCGGCUCUCCAUACGACUCCAUCUUCCACACGCUCUCCUACCGUCUCGCAACCAUUCAUCUAUCCUAUGCGAUCCGCCGUCAGUCUCAAACAGCCCAACCGUGAUGCCUCGACAUCACAGCCGCCAGACUCGACAACGGUUGUUCCCCCCACCUCCACUGCAUCACGGCCCACCUCGGCAGACGGGUCCAAACCACCCGACUCCGAACCUGCCAACAUCGACGAAGGCCGCAAUCGUCCCAAAGAUGUAGACAAGGACGCCGAUCGCGCCAUGGGAGAAAUGAAGGUUCCAGGCGACGAACAAAAGGACCUCCGUGAUCACCUUGAAGAGCUCACCACCACCCGCUUCGAGUACGUCAAGACCAACGAUGGUCACAUGAUCCUCACAGGCAGAGGCGGCAAGUUGGCGCGGUGCGAGGACGAGCCCAUCCACAUUCCAGGCGCUGUCCAGUCCUUUGGAUGUAUGGUCGUCGUUCGUAUCUCGCCAGAAGGCGAAAUGGCGGUGCGUCAGGUCUCGGAGAACGUCGCCGACAUCCUAGGCGCCUCUCCCUCCUACCUCUUCAGUCUUCCCACCUUCCUCGACCUCCUCGAUGAAGAAAAUGCCGACUUGCUGUGGGACAACAUCGACUCGCUCGACCAGUCCAGUCAGGAUCUCGCAGAGUCCGGCCCCACUGUCUUUCAGUUGCGCGGUUACAACAUGGCCAGCUAUGACGAGCGCGUGACUCAGGCCACUCAGCGCACAAGGUGGAGCACUUGGUGCGGAGCCCACAUCCCAGAUCGCAGAAAUGACGGCCCCGGCGAGCUCACUGUCAUCCUCGAAUUCGAACUCGUCAUCGACGAGGCCAACCCAAUCUCCACCUUUUCGCCACCCACCACACCGCAAGAAGAGCGCUCACGCGCGACCACCGGCGGUCCCGGUCUUGGUCUUGCUGCCGGUCACCAACGUUCAUCCCAUAGCAAGGGCGCGAGUUCGGGCGCCGAAUCCCCCUCCAUCAGCAUAGGAACCGUCCACUCGGUGGACAACAGCUCAUCGAUGCGCGAUCCGCGUGCGGGCCUCGAUGGCCUCGCCUACACACCCUCCGCAGAGGAGCUGCGCGAAUCGACAGAAGCAUCCCACAAACCGCUCAAGGCGCUCUCUCGCAUGCGACGCAACGCCGGCAUCAAGCAACAGACGCGCAGUCGUCGGCCUGCUGUGCUCCCAAGUACAGGCGGAGGCGACGGCACCGGAGGCAUGCUCGACAUGUUUGGCAUCCUCAGUCAGGUCAACGACCAGCUUGCAGCCCAGAAGGAUCUGAACGAGCUCCUCAAAGUGCUCGUCGGCAUCGUGCGUGACAUUACUCUCUUCAGCCGUGUCAUGAUCUACCAAUUCGACGAAGCCUGGAAUGGCCAGGUCGUCUGCGAGCUCGUCGAUUGGAACGAUUCGCACGAUCUGUACCGCGGUCUCCACUUUCCCGCAACCGACAUACCCGCCCAGGCACGCGCACUCUACAAGAUCAACAAAGUGCGUCUCCUCUACGACCGCGACCAGCCCACCGCACGCAUGGUUUGUCGCGAUCAGGCCGAUCUCGAUUUCCCCGUCGACAUGACCCACGCCUUCAUCCGCGCCAUGUCGCCCAUUCACAUUAAGUAUCUCGGCAACAUGGGCGUGCGCUCCUCCAUGUCUGUGUCCAUCACAGCCUUUGGCGAGCUGUGGGGUCUCAUCUCGCUCCACAAUUACGGUGCACAUGGCAAGCGUGUGUCGUUCCCCAUCCGUCAGCUCAUGCGCCUCAUUGGCGAAUCGGUCUCGAGUAACAUCGAACGUCUCAGCUACACACGCAGAUUGUCGGCUCGCAAGCUCAUCAACACCUUGCCAACUGACCAGAACCCAAGUGGCUACAUCAUCUCUAACGCCGAGGAUCUGCUCACCCUCUUUGAUGCCGAUUACGGCGUUAUUGCCAUCGGAAACGAGGCCAAGAUCCUCGGCCCGCUCAAUGCCAGCCAAGAAGUGCUAGCUGUCACCGAGUAUCUGAGGCUCAAAAAGUUUGAGCAUCUCGUCACAUCGCAGGAUGUGCGGCGCGACUUUCCCGACAUGUUCCUGUCUACGGGCCUACAUGUCAUUGCCGGUCUGUUGCUAGUACCCUUGUCCGGCAGUGGUGUCGACUUUAUUGCCUUCCUGCGCAAAGCCCAGCUGCGCCACGUCAACUGGGCCGGCAAGCCGUUCAAGGAGAACAAGCAGGGUGCGGCGGCGCUCGAACCACGCAAGUCUUUCAAAGUCUGGUCCGAAACUGUCGAGGGUACGUGCCGUGCAUGGAAGGACGAGGAGCUCGAGACGGCCUCUGUGCUCUGCCUCGUGUAUGGAAAAUUCAUCUCGGUGUGGCGUCAACGCGAGCAGGCGUUGCACUACAACCAACUCAACCGCCUCUUACUCUCGAACGCGAGCCACGAGGUGCGUACGCCACUCAACCACAUCAUCAACUACCUCGAGCUGGCGCUCGACAGCAGGCUGGAUGAAGACACGCGCGAAAACCUCAGCAAGUCGCAUCUCGCCUCCAAGAGUCUGCUCUUUGUCAUCAACGACUUGCUCGACCUCACCAAGCAAGAAAUUGGUAACGAGCUCUUUCUGCAGGAGCCAUUCGAUCUCGCGGCCACCGUGCGCGAGGCGGUCGAGAUGCACGAAUGGGAGGCCAAACGACGCAAGAUCGACUUCUCCGUCACUACGGAUCCCGAAGUGUGUCUGGUGCUCGGCGACAAGAACCGCGUGCGUCAGGUCAUCACCAACACCGUCACCAACUCGGUCAAAUACACCAGCGAGGGUCAGAUCAAGGUCUCAAUGCGCAGACGCACCGAAGACGAACGUGAGGCCGAAUUGCCACCUGGCUGUGACAUGGAGGUCGAGCUCGUCGUGAGCGACACGGGCGAAGGCAUUCCGCAGGAGAAGCUCGAGGUCAUCUUUCGAGAGUUUGAGCAGGUCGAAUCGGUCAUCGCUCAGCCAGGGCGUCAGGAUCAAUCGGAUGUUGAAGGAAGCGAGGCAAGCGUUGUGCGCACCGAACAAUCCGACAGCGGCCUUGGUCUUGGUCUCGCCAUCGUGGCCCGCGUCGUCAAGAAUCUGGGCGGACAGCUACGCGUUGAUUCGCUCGUUGGCGAGGGAACCACGUUCACCUACUACAUUCCCUUUUGCUCCUCCGAAAGCACUACGCCCACCGAGGUGCCUCCUGUCACCAUCGGCGGAGGUAGCGGCAAACAAAGCAGUGACACGAUCUCCAUGCGACGGUCCAAUUCUAUUGGCAGCGGCAGCGCCAGCUCGGCAGGCAGGAGCGAGAUUGACUCACUCGUCGAGGCCAUUCAAAAGCCCAUCCUGCGUGAUCAGAGCAUCGAAGAUGUCACACAGCAGAGACGCACGGCCGAGGGUCUUUCGCCUGGCCUCGGUGGCGUUCCGAGAAAUGUCUCGGCCUUGAGCUCUCAGAACCGACCUGGCAUGCCAGCGAACCGCACUCGCUCGUUUGACAGCGGUUCGCACCCCGUCGAAGGAAGCGGCGUUCCUGUGCGUUCGGUCAAGAUUCAGCCUCAGGCGCUCGAUGCUAACGACCGCGCGGGUCGCCGAGCUCCCAAUCAUUCUGCUUUCAUGUCGAGAGCUACAACGAAUGCAAGACCCGCCAGAAGCAACAUGAGCGACGCGCAAUCGUUCAAGGCCGAGGUGGAGCACCGUGCACGCGAGAAUGUUCCGCACCUCACCCAAGGAGCCCUGCCCACCCACGCUCGACAUUCGCGAUCGGACUCGGCUAACGAUUUACCCGCCCCUCCUCGUACCGUCGAUGCCGCUCGGAGCGGUCUCGACGUGCCUUCGCCCGACGCAGACUCGCCAGGGUCGGAAGACGCGAACGCAUCAAAUCGCGCAAACGAGCGCCGUUCGUCGUCGUCGUCAAAUGCUGCCAAGCGUCGCAUGGCGGUCAUGCGUGGCUUGCACAAGUCUCCGAGCGCUCGCUCCGAGAGGAUUGCUCCGCUGCGCGUGCUUGUGGUCGAGGACGAUCCCAUCAACCGCAUGAUCCUCAAGAAGCGACUGGGUCUUGAUGGGCAUACGACGCUACUGGCGGUCAACGGCGAGGAAGGCGUGCGGCAGUUUGAGCAGGACGCCAAGGAGAUCGAUGUGAUCCUCAUGGAUCUGCAGAUGCCAAUCUGUAACGGCCAGGAAGCGUGCAUCCGUAUCCGCGAGCUCGAGAAAAAGUGGGCCGAGGGCGGCGAGCAAGCGGAUCGCCCGGCUGCACAGGUGCUCAACGGUCGAGUGCCUAUUCUGGCCGUGUCUGCGACACUGGUGCCGCAGAUGCGCCAAGAGAUGGUCGAGAUCGGCAUGGAUGGGUGGAUCCUAAAGCCGAUCGACUUCGCCCGCCUGGGUGCGCUGCUCAAGGGUCUGUUGCAUCCCGAGGACCGCGUCGCCAACCACUGGAAGCAAGGCUACGUUUGGGAAAAGGGCGGUUGGCUCUCAGAACCAGCGCAGCGUUCGGUCCCGGUUAUCGCCUCUUCCAUCGCAGCGAACAAUGACGGUGCAAGCAUGGCCACGCAGAACAACAUUGCCAACACCAACUCUUCUUCGAAUCAGUCUGCGCUGCCAAGCCAGCCUAUCAGUUCUCCGAGCGCCUAG